AUGAGGAGUAGGGUGGAGGGGGCUGAGAGUGGGGACACCUCCAUCUCCACCCAGAGUGCUCACUCUGAUACCCUCCUUCCCUGCAGAGUGGUGAAGGAAGAGAUCUCGGAUGACAAUGCCAAGCUGCCCUGCUUCAAUGGCCGGGUGGUAUCCUGGCUGGUGUCAGCUGAGGGCGCACACCCAGAGCCAGCACCCUUCUGUGCUGACAACCCCUCGGAACUGCCACCUCCCAUGGAGCGCACAGGAGGCAUUGGGGACUCCCGGCCCCCAUCCUUCCACCCUCAUGCUGGUGGGGGCAGCCAGGAGAACCUGGACAAUGACACAGAGACAGACUCCUUGGUGUCUGCCCAGCGGGAGCGGCCACGCCGGAGGGAUGGCCCAGAGCACACAACCCGGCUAAAUGGAACUGCAAAGGGGGAGCGGCGGCGAGAACCAGGGGGUUAUGAUAGUUCUUCUACCCUUAUGAGCAGCGAGUUGGAGACUACCAGCUUCUUUGAUUCGGAUGAGGAUGACUCCACCAGCAGGUUCAGCAGCUCCACAGAGCAGAGCAGCGCCUCACGCCUCAUGAGAAGACACAAGCGGCGGCGGCGGAAGCAGAAGGUUUCACGGAUUGAGCGGUCCUCAUCCUUCAGCAGCAUCACGGACUCCACCAUGUCGCUCAACAUCAUCACGGUCACUCUCAACAUGGAAAAGUAUAACUUCUUGGGCAUCUCCAUUGUGGGCCAAAGCAAUGAACGUGGUGACGGAGGCAUCUACAUUGGCUCUAUCAUGAAGGGUGGGGCUGUGGCUGCUGAUGGACGCAUCGAGCCAGGAGAUAUGCUGUUACAGGUAAAUGAGAUCAACUUUGAGAACAUGAGUAAUGAUGACGCUGUCCGGGUACUGCGGGAGAUUGUGCACAAACCGGGGCCCAUCACCCUGACUGUAGCCAAGUGCUGGGACCCAAGUCCACGUGGUUGCUUCACACUACCUAGGAGCGAACCCAUCCGGCCCAUUGACCCUGCAGCCUGGGUCUCCCACACUGCAGCCAUGACUGGCACCUUCCCUGCCUACGGCAUGAGCCCCUCCCUGAGCACCAUCACCUCCACAAGCUCAUCUAUCACCAGCUCCAUUCCUGACACAGAGCGCCUAGAUGACUUCCACCUGUCCAUCCACAGUGACAUGGCUGCCAUUGUAAAAGCCAUGGCCUCCCCUGAAUCUGGGCUGGAGGUCCGUGACCGCAUGUGGCUCAAGAUUACCAUCCCCAACGCUUUCAUUGGCUCAGAUGUGGUGGACUGGCUGUACCACAACGUGGAAGGCUUUACUGACCGGCGAGAGGCCCGCAAGUAUGCCAGCAACCUGCUGAAAGCCGGCUUCAUCCGCCACACUGUCAACAAGAUCACUUUCUCCGAGCAGUGCUACUAUAUCUUCGGCGACCUCUGUGGCAACAUGGCCGGCCUGUCUCUCCGUGAUCAUGACGGCUCCAGCGGCGCCUCUGACCAGGACACGCUGGCCCCUUUGCCGCACCCGGGGGCCGCGCCAUGGCCCAUGGCUUUCCCUUACCAGUACCCGCCGCCCCCGCACCCCUACAAUCCACACCCAGGCUUCCCAGAGCUGGGGUACAGCUAUGGCGGAGGCAGCGCCAGCAGUCAGCAUAGUGAAGGCAGCCGAAGCAGUGGCUCCAACCGUAGCGGCAGUGACCGACGGAAGGAGAAAGACCCAAAGGCUGGGGACUCAAAGUCGGGUGGCAGCGGCAGCGAAUCGGACCACACAACCCGCAGCAGCCUGCGGGGGCCGCGGGAGCGGGCACCCAGCGAGCGCUCUGGGCCUGCUGCCAGCGAGCAUAGCCACCGCAGCCACCACUCACUGGCCAGCAGCCUGCGCAGCCACCACACGCACCCAAGCUACGGCCCCCCUGGCGUGCCCCCUCUCUACGGUCCCCCCAUGCUGAUGAUGCCCCCACCACCCGCGGCCAUGGGGCCCCCAGGAGCCCCUCCUGGCCGAGACCUGGCCUCUGUGCCCCCCGAACUGACAGCCAGCAGACAGUCCUUCCGCAUGGCCAUGGGAAACCCCACCAAGAAUUUCAGGCUGUUUGACUUUCUGUGAGCCCCAUGGAGGGGAGGCCCAGCCUCUGAGGAUACCAGGAACUCUGCUUCAUCAGCCCCUCAGGGCUUCCCAAGGAUGUCCAGCUCCCACCCCAUACUUCAACAUGUCGAGUCACUAGGUUUCUGGGGAGCACCUCAGCCUCUUCACCCAUGUAUGAGAGAGACUGUUCCAGAGAGUUUGCACUGUCCCUCCUCUCCCCCUGCCCCUCCCCAUCUCACAUGUGCCUAUGCAAGUUCACUUAAGCCCCAGGGCUGGUCCCUGCCCAGAGGGCUGGAACCUCUCCCCCAAUCCUCUCCCAAGUUGUGGGGCUGGUCCCCUGACUUCCUUUACUCAUUGCCCUCAAAUGUCCCACCCAUGUCCCCGUCAUCUUCCUACCUAGGUAAGGCCCAUAAGCUGGUCUCAGGUUGGGCUCAGCAGAGGACUUCUUAGGCAAUUGACAGGCUAUUCUCACCCUGUCUGUGGCCCCAAAUACCCUUCCCUGUUCUCAUAGUCCCCAUGUUACCGCAGAGCAAGGUUGGGCAGGGGGACUUACAGGACUGCCAGACAACGGAAACUGGUUUUAAUUUUUACCUUACUCUACAAUUCAAAUGAAUCAUGUUUCUCUUUAAGCCUCUUCAAUAAAUUCUCUAGCUCCUCUAGGCUUCCAUAUUUUUAGUACUGGGGUGUCAAGAGUAAGGUGAAGUCAUAAGCUCCAGGCUUUAGGACACACCAGGGUAGGGGCAUUUUGGCAUUCAUUCAUUUAACAAAUACUUCCGAGUUUUUGGUGUUGGAGGGCUGUGUUCGAAGUGUAACUCAGUCUCUUCUGCCUUCUGGGAACUCUGGGUUUGCUCUCAACCCAGACCAUGGCUUCUAGCCACCACGGUAGGCUGCCUCCUAUACUUCUCUUCCCUGUCUGACUCUGCCAUGCCCAACUUCCUUGAGAAUUCCUCCACUAUUGCUUAUGCCUUCAGAGCUGGUGCUCUCAGCAUUCUCUUUGGUCCACUUCUCUUUCCUGUCUAUUUACUCCCCAAAUGGUAUCAUCUAUCCUGAUGUCCUCAACUAACUCUGAUAUACUGGUGAUUCCCAAAUGUAUAUCUCCAGCCCCAACUUCCCUCUCAUCUUUAGAUCUGUAUUUUUUUCACCUACUGGACGCCUCUAUGGACAUGUCCAUAUAGACUCAACUCAUUUCUCCACCAAGUGCGUUCCUCCUGAAUCUCAAUCCUGGUUACCUUCAUUACACUAUGUAUAGGCUCACCAGCUAGAAACAUGUAUGGGCUUAAAUUCAUUCCUAUAUCUUACUAAUCAGCAUAUCAUAUCCAUUCCACUCCAAAAAUUUUUCUUGAAUUUGGCCCUUUCUCCUCUGCCUCUACUCUAGUUCACAAGAUCAUGGGAUUUGGAGUCAGGUUGUUCUGGGUUUGAAUCCCAGCUCUACUACUUUUUGGUUGCGCGAUAGAGUUAUUUAAUCUCUCUGAGCCCCAGUUCCUCAUGUAAAAUGACGAUAAUAAUACCUACCUCACAGGGUUGUUGUGAGGAUUUAAAUUAGGUAUUGUAUGAAAAGUGCCUAGCAUAAUGCCUGGCACACAGUAGAAUAGGUGCUCAAUAAAUGGUAGCCAUUAUUAUUAUUUAUUA